AUGCAGGGACUCCUCCGUUUGCCUCCUGAAAUGCUUCUAUUCAUCCUCAAGUACUUUGAGUCCCCCCAGCAUACCCCUGUCCUCCUGUCCCUGUGCCUGACUUCGCGCCAACUUUACGCUUUGGCUCAACCGAUACUGUUCAAGGCUUACCAUCUAUCCAAUCUGAAAGACCUCGUCCUUCGGGCAGAUCCAACCGAGUUCAACGAUAUCUCGACUGAUAUUAUUGCACAGUUUCUGCGCCUACCGCACCUGGAGAAUUUGUCUAUCUCGCACCUGAACGUGACGAGGGCUAGACAUGUGAAGGUGCUUCUUCCAUUGCAAUCCCCCAACCUAACAUCUCUUUCCUUGAACCAUAGUUACAUGGAGGUAGACGACUUGGAACCUCUCGUGCGCUCGUGCAAGGGUCUUAAGAUGUUCAUAUACGAGGCGGCGUUGGAAAGCAGCUCCAAGAUCUUUCCAAUGCUGCAUUCUCAGAAAGAGACACUUGAGGUGAUUGUCGUCAAUACCAAUUUCACAAGCCCUCGCCUUAUGGAACAGGAAGAUUAUCCAACAAUUGAACCGUUCGCUUCCUUUACAAACCUCCAACAUCUGGAGAUCGAGCAAUGCUUCUUGAACGAUGAUCCCGAGCUGCCCGAGUCUCUCGAAUAUUUGAUCAUUCGCGGUUGUGAACAUCCGGUGUCAAAGCUGCUGACCAACCUGACGAAUCGCAGCUAUGGCGGGUUAGGGUCACUGGAAAUGGUCAUUCUUCAACCCCUAUUAUCACCUCCAAAUGGGCUGCUCGGCCUGCCUCGAAGAUUUGGAAGAGGUGACUUCUAUGAGAAUCGACAGUACUAUUCUGCAUUUGAGAAAGCUUGCAGACGACUGGAUAGAAUCACAUGCGGGGCACUGUUUGACCUUCAUAUCAGAUCCAACGAGUGGAUGGAAUAUCGGGAAGGGCUUCUCUAA